GGCUGGGUGCGAGGUUAACGCUGCUAACUCGGGCCUGUGCCCAGAGGCGGGUCCUUCAUCGACGCCCCUGAAGGGGCUGCAGAGCGCGGGGUUAAUCACUACCAGGGCCCGGUGCUUGUCGUAGUUAUCACACGCACGAGAGGGGUCAGCCGAGUUGUUUCUGUGAACGGGAGAGGCUGGGCAAAGGCAGGCGCCCGGGCUGCUUCCUCUCCUCCCUGCCCUGCUCUCGCCGCGCAAGAAGGAGGAGGAAGACGAGGCCCACUCGGCUUAAGCCGUCAUGGCUGCGCCUACCGAACCCGGGCCCUGCUACUUGGGAUGGGACUUCAGCACUCAGCAGCUGAAAGUAAUUGCUGUGGAUGAACAACUGAGAGUCAUCCACGAGAACAAUAUUAAUUUUGACAAAGAUCUUCCAGAAUUUGGCACUCAAGGUGGUGUCUGUGUUCACAAUGAUAGACUGACAGUGACUUCUCCUGUAUUAAUGUGGGCCAAGGCCCUGGAUAUGAUCUUGGAAAAGAUGAAGUCUGAUGGAUUUGACUUUUCCAGAGUGAAAGCUUUGUCUGGAGCUGGACAGCAACAUGGGAGUGUCUACUGGAAAGAAGGUGCAAACUGUAUUUUACAAAGCUUAUCACCUGACCUUCCUUUGCAUCAGUCACUGAAGUCUUGCUUUUCACUCAGCAACAGCCCUGUGUGGAUGGAUUCCAGUACAACUACCCAGUGCUGCUUUUUGGAAAAAGCUGUUGGAGGGGCUCAGAAACUUGCUGACGUCACUGGCUCACGAGCCUACGAGCGUUUUACAGGAAACCAGAUAGCAAAGAUUUACAGCCAGAACCCUGAGGUCUACACACAAACUGAGAGGAUCUCUUUGGUCAGCAGCUUUGCAGCCUCCCUUUUUCUAGGUGCUUAUGCUCCCAUUGAUUAUAGCGAUGUCAAGUUUGGAAAUGUCAAGUUAUGUUGGUCUGCUGCAAAAAGUUCUGGCAUGAAUUUACUGCAGAUCCGUGAGAAAGUGUGGAAUCCAGCCUGUCUUGAUGCUUGUGCACCUGCAUUAGGAAAAAAGUUGGGCCAUCCUGCACCAUCCAGCAAAAUACUGGGUUCUAUUUCCCCCUAUUACAUCCAGCGCUUUGGGUUUAAUUCUGGAUGUAAAGUUGUUGCAUUUACUGGAGACAAUCCAGCAUCCCUGGCAGGAAUAAGACUUGCAGAAGGGGACAUUGCAAUUAGCCUUGGCACUAGUGAUACAUUGUUUCUCUGGAUUAAAGAGCCAAAACCUGCUUUAGAAGGUCACAUCCUCUGCAGUCCUGUUGAUCCACAAGCCUACAUGGCCCUGCUGUGUUAUAAGAAUGGUUCUUUAAUGAGAGAGAAGAUUCGAGAUGAGCUUGCCUCUGGCUCAUGGGAAGAAUUUUCCAAAGCACUUACAUCUACAGCUGUUGGAAAUGAUGGAAAUGUGGGCUUUUAUUUUGAUGUGAUGGAGAUUAUACCUGAAGCCGUGGGAAUUCACAGAUUCAACACACACAACAACAGAAUCCCAAUAUUUCCCAAGGAAGUGGAGAUACGAGCCUUGAUUGAAGGGCAGUUCAUGUCCAAAAGGAUUCACUCUGAAAAGCUGGGAUAUAAAAUCUGAGGCAAGGGGAGCCACUGAUGUCCAGCAGGAGGUUGAAGCUGUGCCAGGCCUCUAGACCAGCAGAGCUGAUGACAUCAGUGGAACCUGCUAUUUUGGCAGCAAUCCCAUUGGAACAAAUCACCCUGCUCCUGCAACCACCACGUUAGCAGAUGCAGUAGCAGCCUUGCUAUCAGCAGCAAUAAUUUAGGUGAGAUGCUGUCACCUUUACAGUGGCCAUAGGGAUUGUUGGAACUGCUCAUGGGGACUGAGAUGGCUUGUUCUGAUUGGGCUGCCACUGCUGCUGAAGUUGCUGUCUGCACUGUUGACAUUUGCUAGCCCUGCCAGUCUUCCUCUCUCCUCCUGUCUCAGUUCUGGAACCAUUUCACAGGCUGGAGCCAAACACAGGAGCCACUGCUGCUGUCUAUUGACAGCACAGCCCUGCUGUCUGAGGUCAGCUUCUCUUUAUUUUCACCAGGGCAAAGGCACGUGGAGGUGACACUUUUCCCCAGCACUCCACGUGUGGCUCUUGUGUGCUUGCCAGAAGGGGAGUCACUCCUACACUGACGUGUGGAAGAAGUAUGUGUGGGACCCUGGCAAACUGAUUCUUGGAUCUGCUGCUGAUUCUAUGUGUGACUGUAGGCAAGUAACUAAUAACUGCUCUGCCUCUGAGCUGAUUCAAAAGUGCAGAAAAUAGAACAUGGCCUGGUGCUUCUGGGACCAUAUCACAUUAGACUGCAGGUGGUGGAGGUGUUUGCAUGAAUGAAUGCUCCCCAGUGCCACACCUCCCUACACUUUGAAAGCCAGGAAACCUUACUCCUAGCUUUCCAUGUUCAGGGAACCUCAUGGGUUAUUCUGUAUAUAUUUAGCAAUGGGGGCAUUCCAAAAUGGACUAUUCCGGCACAGUUUCAGGUGGAAGCAUUGCUUCUGUACUGUGGCUUCUAUAGUUUGGAAAAGUGCUACUUUCUAAUUUAGUAUUUGAAUCCUGGAAACAGAGGCUCAGUUCCUAAGCCUUUGUCUCUGCUGUGAUAAAAGCCCGCUGUCAAGUGAUGCUUAUGCCUCAGUUUCACGUUUGUCUGAGCCCAUGCCUAUGUGAAAACUGUUGAGGUAGCUGUGUUGGAAAGAGUGCCAAAUUUCAAGCCUUCUCUCAAGUGUGGAAAUGUUAGGUAAUUAGGUGUUUGUCAUCUUCAAAAUGUUCAUAUAAAUUGGGAUGGAGCCCAAGUCUCUUGCAGUUAAGAUGAAAUGUUGACUUUUAUCAACUAUAUUAAUGCCUGCAUCUCGUUAUCAUAGAUUAUAACAUAGUGUUAAGUAUUAAAAAGUAAAACUGGAA